UCAUGCGAUUCCCUUGAUUGCAUGACACUUUCAAUGUUGUGAAAAUUUCGUGCAUUUGCGGAGUUGUUUUUCUCUGAAAAUUCUCUGCGAAACUGGAUAAAAUGUUCCUCAGCCGGUCUUCGAAUAGGUUAUGGAGCUGCUCACACUUGCUGAAGUACACCCUGAGGGCAGAUCCGCAGGCCUCCACGAGGUUCUUCAACAGCACCCCAGUCCUCAUGGCUGAGCCAUUGAAAAAGAAGAAGAGGCUGGACCCAAUGGUCAUAAAGCAGAGGGAAGAACGCAGGAAGAGGAAGAUUGAGAAGCAGAUCAGGCGUUUGGAGAAAAAUGCCAGGCAACUGAAGCCCAUUGACGAGCUGGAGGUGCCUUUCACCCUCAUCGAUGAGAAGAAGGAACGCACCAGACCUUCGGUGGCUUUAUCGGCAGAAGUGUUGGAGGAGAGAGCGCUCCUGCAGAAGGAGUGGGCGAGAUAUAAGGGACACCAGAAGCUGACAUACUACCAGGAAAUUGACCGGAUGGUUCAGGCGCAGACAAAGGCUCUGGACGAACUGAAGCUGGAAUCUGAGGAACUGUACGAAGCGGCUAUUCAACCAGACGCCCAAAUUCUCCCUUUCAAGUCGAGAGUCCUUGUCUCAACUCCACCGAUUGAGAACUACGAGAGUCCCGACGGAGAGUAUGUUGAUGUGUCCAAGAAAUGGAUAUAAUCAAAACAGAUUGUCCGCCAGAGAAUUUAUUAUUAGAAAAAAUGUUUAUUCACUGAAAAAAUGAAUAAUUUCUUCUGCGAAAUCGGUAGGAAAUAACUUC